UCCUUGCGCUACCGCCUCAGCGAACGUGGGAGCCCAUCCGUUAUGGUCAAGCAGCAGCAGGAUCCAGAGGCGGAUGCUUUUCCUUUAAGGGAGGGGUGGGGGCAGCUCCGGGACAGGAGGCGCGGUCUGGGCGGGGCUGAGUUCUAGGCCACCGGGCGAGACGUGGCCACGUGCUUCCUGAGUCACCCGCAAACGAGAGCAGGACCCUCUUGGCUCUCCGUCUGCACGGCGCAGCGAUGUCCGGGGCAUCGGCCAGGAGCCUGGGGAAGGGAAGCGCGCCCCCCGGCCCGGUCCCGGAGGGCCAGAUCCGAGUCUACAGCAUGAGGUUCUGUCCCUUCGCUCAGAGGACGCUGAUGGUCCUGAAGGCCAAGGGAAUCCGGCACGAAAUCGUCAACAUCAACCUGAAGAAUAAGCCCGAGUGGUUCUUUGAGAAGAAUCCCUUUGGGCUGGUGCCGGUUCUGGAGAACACUCAGGGUCACUUGGUCACCGAAUCUGUGAUCACUUGCGAGUACCUGGAUGAAGCAUACCCGGAGAAGAAGUUAUUCCCAGAUGACCCGUAUGAGAAAGCUUGCCAGAAGAUGACCUUUGAAUUAUUCUCAAAGGUGCCGUCUCUGAUUACGAGUUUUAUUAGGGCGAAGGGAAAGGAAGAGCAUCCGGGCAUAAAGGAAGAACUGAAGAAAGAGUUCAGCAAGCUAGAGGAGGCUAUGGCUAAUAAGAGGACGGCCUUCUUCGGUGGGAAUUCGCUCUCAAUGAUCGAUUAUCUUAUUUGGCCUUGGUUUCAGCGACUGGAAGCACUGGAGCUCAAUGAGUGUAUAGACCACACCCCAAAACUCAAGCUCUGGAUGACAGCCAUGCAGGAAGACCCCGUGGUAUCAUCCCACUUCAUUGAUGCCAAGACCUACCGUGAUUACUUAAGUCUCUACCUACAGGACAGCCCUGAGGCCUGUGAUUAUGGGCUCUGAGGGGCAAGAGCCCUCAGCGAAUGAUGUUUUCCUUCAUCGAUUGAAUAACAUGCUUUUAUUUUACCCAUUA